AUGGCUACUGCACAAUACGAUGAUUACGAGUACGACUACGAAGCAAAUCUGACCGACGCCGAAUAUGAGGAUUUGGUACGAGCAACGCUAUGGCCGCAAACAGUAGAGAAAACAUUUGUCGUAGUGUUGAUGUCUAUGAUGGUGAUAGGCGUGGUCGGUAACACCCUUGUCGUAAUCGUGGUCAUAUCGAAGAAAUCAAUGUGGAGCCAAAUGAACAUCUUUCUGACGAAUUUGGCUUGUGCAGAUUUGUUGAUACUGAUAUUCUGCCUUCCGCCAACAGUUAUAAACGACGUCACAAAAACUUUCUGGUUUUCAGAAGUUUUCUGCAAAUCCAUCUUGUUUUUUCAGAACACAAGUGUUUACGUAAGCAUUCUUUCGCUGAUGUUCAUCACAUUCGAGCGAUGGCGGGCUAUCACGUGUCCUUUAAAAAGUCCGUUACAGACGACAAGAUACGUAAUUGCCGGUACAUGGGUUGUGGCCAUGAUCAUGUCCUCACCGGAACCCUACACUCUCCAUCUGAAGAGCGCCGAGUUCCGCCGUCCGAACUUCUCGUCAACGUGGGGCACACGAUGCAUAGCCUCAUGGUCCAGCAAAACAGAGCAACAAUAUCAGAUAGUGCUCACCGUUUGUGCGUACUUGUCGCCGCUGUUGUUCAUCUCCAUCCUCUGUUUACACAUGAGUAGAACUCUCAACAGAUGUGAAUUAACGGUCGGUAAGCGACAGUUAGCGAAUCGAAAGAAAGCCGUUCGAAUGCUGAUCGCCGUCGUAUGUAUGUUCGCCUUGUCCUAUCUGCCCGUCCAUUUGCACAACAUCGCGGCCACCUUCGACUUACUCGGCCGAGAUAUAGAUAUCAACUGGAUCUACGUGCGCAAACUACUUCCGCGUGUUUUCAGCUACUCAUCGAGCUGUUUGAAUCCAUUACUGUACAACUUCAUGUGCAGUGCGUUUUCAACAUCUGCUCUAAUAUUUACUUUUAUAACAUGCACAAAAAUAUUUACACGUACGAAUCCCGUCAAGAAAUUAUCCGAAUUGAUCUGA